AUGGAUCAAUCCAGGAUUUGCGAUCUGGUACCGCCCGAGAGUGAGCAUCGUUGGAAACAUGGGGAACGUCCAGCCGAUGGCUGGAAACUUUUGGACAAGGCCCUGCUAUCCAUGCGCCGUGGCGAGCGGUGUAGCAUUCAGUGCACGGACGAACGGCUCAGGGAAGGGGCCACCGUCGCGGUACCAGAAGGUCAAGACAGCUGGCUCUUGAACGUGGAACUGCAUGACUUCAUCGAAACCUCCGAUGUCUCCUUUGAAAAGGAUGGAUCUGUGGUGAAGCGUUCGGUGCAUGGCCGUGAUGUCUAUGCCAAGUGUCAGGCCUUGGGCACCUGCCAGCUGCACCUGGACGGCGUCCACGACGGCCGCGAAGCGGUCACCGCGGUUACCGCGGUCACCGCGACGCUGGGCUGCGGGGAGCUGUGCGAUGCCUUGGAGGCGGUGGUGCUGCAGAUGAGGGAACACGAAGUGGCCGAGGUCACUGCUGAUGCGGAGCUUUGCGAUUGGACGACAGGGACGACAGGUCAGUCAUCUAACUUCAAAUUGGAGGUACAGAAGUACGAGCCUGGUGAUUGGGAGCGCGCUGCUUCUGAUGACGACAAGCUUCAGGUGCUGAUGCGACGGAAAGACGAAGCUGUCAAGCUGUUGAAGAUGGGCCGAUGGCGAUUGGCCGCCUAUCACUUCCAUGAUGUUCAUCAACUCUUAGGGUAUAUCGACGAUUUCCGCGGCCUAAGUUCCGGACAGGAGCGUGCGCGACGCGUCCAGGAACUGAAGGAAGCUUGCUUGCUGAAUCGAGCACUCUGCUUGAUCAAGGUGCAGCGCUUCGGCAGCGCCCUGCGCUGCUGCGACGCGCUGCUGGGCGACGCGCUGCUGACCUCGUUGUCGCGCAAGGCGAAGGCGAGGCUGCGACGAGCGCAGGCCAACCUAGGCCUAGAUGAUUGCGCUGAAGCCUUACGAGACUGCCAUCGUUUGGGCGACACGGAGGUGGCAGUGGAGGCGAAACGACUUGAAAACGAGGUGAGGCGACGUCAGAAGGUUUUGGACAAGGAGGCAAAGAACCUCUAUGACAAGACCGAAGAGCACGAGCUCGUAGCCGCUCGAGAAAGCGACAACAGAAGAAACGUGACAGAAUCCACCGACGACAAGAUGGACGCUAUCAGAGCUUUUCCGUCCAUGGUGACGGCUGAGAGGGCCAUCGGGACCGAGCUCCCAAGAGGGCCAGAAGUGGCCUUGAAACGCAAACUCAGCGUAAGCCGCGCAAGCUCGCCUGUCAUCAAGGAUGCCAGCCUAGCUAUGGCCAUCUCCGGGGGUUUCUCUGGCUGCGUGGCAAAGACCUGCGUGGCACCGUUGAGUCGAACAGUGAUCCAGAUGCAGCUGCAUUCCCUGCAUCAAGACACUGGGAAUAUGUUCACGACCAUGCGGGGCAUCUGGCGUGAAGGAGGUCUGCCAGCCUUUUGGCGAGGCAAUAUGGCGACCCUGUGGCAUCGUGCCGUGGUGAACUGUGUGAACUUCCCGAUCAACGAGCUCUGCAAGAGCCAUGUUCAUGGGUGCUCAGACAAUGUCCGAAGCAUGAUCAGUGCUUUUGGAGGAUCCUUCGCAGGUGUUUGCGUCGGUCAUCCUAUCGAUGUGGUGAAAACGCGCCUCAGCGCGGCGAAGCGAUUUGGAUAUAGUGGAAUUCUCAAAACAGUCUCCAAGAUUCACAUGGAAGAGGGCCUUGGUGCCUUCUUCGCUGGCUUUCGGAUCACUGUAGUGACUGUCGUGCCAAACGUGGCAUGUUGCUUUUAUCUGCGAGACCUUUUCAAACAAUCGCCCAUCCCAUCAGUUGUUUCCUCUAGGCUGGGCGGCUGGGUAAAUGAUGGCGCCGUGGCUGGCGGUGCUGCAGGGGGAGUCGCUGCGGCUCUCUUCUAUCCCGUCGAUGCCUUGAAGCGGCAGCAGCAGAUGGGCCUUGCCGUGAGCUUCUUGUCGAACAACGGGGCCCUUUCGGUGCCGUUGCUGAGGUCUUGGCAAGGUUUGCUGCUCUGCUAUCGUGGCUUAUUGCCCGAGCUCAUUAAGGCGGGGGCAUAUCAGCAAGCAUGGCAGAAGCUCAAGCCCGACCAAGCACCUCCGGAUGGCCGCAUCUUGCCGUUGACAUACCGAGUACAGCCACUUCCGGCAGGUACCAACAAAGAAAUUUUGCUGGCCUGGGCCUCCACUUAUGAUUGGAAUAUCAAGCCAUUGCGUCCGGUAGGCGCCAAGCAAUGGUUGAUCUGUAGUGACAGCCCACCGCCACCACUGCUGAUGUUCAACUCUCAGCCGCUCUUAGCCCAGCAGGUGAUCAACAAGCCACCAGCACUUUCCUCAGCCAUUGCAGCAGGACCUCGACCGAGAGCCCCGAUCAAACAGGACAAAUCCAAUUCGCAAGCAGCCAUUUUCAAGUCAGGUGAUCCGCACCUAGAUCCUUGGUCCCAAAAGCCAGUGACCCCUGCCACAGUUAGUACUGCACCUCCAGGACAGACCACAUCCAAGAUGAGCGCUUAG